GAGGAGGAGGAGGGGCGGAGAUGGCGGCGGGGCGCUGACGUUGCGGGGAGGAGGAGGAGGAAGGAGGAGGAAGAGGAGGAGACCCGGCUGCCUCCGGGGCAGAGGCUGCCGCGUCCCGCGGAGGCUCCGCGUCCCCCUUUUCCUCCUUCUUUCCUUCCUUCCCUCCCCACUCCUCGCCCCUCAGCGGGCAGGCGGCGGCCGCGAUGCGCUCGGCGUGAGCGCCCGCCUCGGCUCCGUGUCACCCCCCCCCCCUCCCUCCUUCCCCUCCCUCCCUCCACGUCUCCGUGCCCGUGAGGGGCGGCGAUGGCCGCGGGCAGCUGGCAGCAGGCGGCGGCCCAGCAGGCCGAGGAGACGGCGGCCCGGGUGCGGGAGGCGCUGGCGGGAGGCCUGGGCUUGCUGCGAGCCGAGCUGGGCCUGGAGCUGGGCCUGGACCCGCACGGCCUCCCCACCUGGCUGGCCCUAGGGCUGCCGGCCGCGCUGGGGCUGGGGCUGCUGGGGCUGCUGCUGGCCCUGGUGUGCGGCAGCGGCCUCCGCAGGAAGGCAGCGGGCGGCCGGGCUGAGAGGAAAGGCGACGAGGCGGCGGCCCUGACAGGCAGCGGUGGUGGCAGUGGUGGUGGUAGUGGUGGUGCUGGGGGGCCGGGCAAGGCGGCGGGGCAGCUGGGGCUGAAAGGAGACGAGCAGAAGAAGAGGAGCAAGAAGAAGCUGCCCGAGAAAGCGGCGAGGCCUAAUGGACGGUCUUUCCUUGAUGUAUCUGAGGAUGAAAUAAUACAGCCUGUCUGUAAAGAAAAUACAAAGCAACCUUUGGAUGCAGAAAAGAAGAAUGAAAAGUCAAAGAAAAAAAAGAAAUCAAAGGGAGAUGCUAAAACGGUUCAAGAUGCAUCACGUGUAGAUGGAAAGGAAGUUGAUGAAGGAACCUGGGAAACUAAAAUCAGUAACAGAGAAAAGCGACAGCAGCGGAAGCGAGACAAGGUGUUGACUGAUGGUGGCUCGGGAGAAUCAAAUCCCCAAGGGUCAGAAAACACAGCUACUGUUUCCAUCGAACAGCUGAUGCCUACACCAUCACUUCCCGUUGGUCUCAGAAAAAAUAAAGGUGAUACGCUUCUGAAUGUGCAAGUUAGCAGCUCCAAACCUUCCAAAGGGGAGUCAUCAAUUCCACAAGUUUCUACAGGAUUGAGUGAAAGCCAUACAGUAAAUGGUGGAAGCUGGAAUGAGAAGUCUGUAAAAAUCUCCUCACAGAUUGGUGUAGGGGAGGAGAAAUGGACGUCUGUUUCCUCAGCUACAGCUGGGAAGAGGAAGACUGAGACAUCGGCUUGGGGCCAAGACGCUGGAGAUGCUAAUGGGAAUGGAAAGGACUGGGGCGUAACCCUGGUGGGCAGGCCCUGGAAAGAGCGUUCUUUGUUCACUCCUAUUGCUGCUUGGAAUGUGGAUGCACGGAUUAAUACCUCUGAACCAAAUUCUACUUCUUUUUCUUCUUUUGGAUUAACUCCUGGAGUUUCUGGAUCCAAUAGUGAGCCAGUUUCUCAGGCUGGUACUUCCGAUUUUCAGUGGGAUUUAAGUCACGCUCAACCCCCUGUUGAUGACGAAUGGUCUGGGUUAAAUGGACUUUCUUCUGCUGAUCCUAGCUCUGAUUGGAAUGCCCCUGCAGAAGAGUGGGGAAACUGGGUAGAUGAAGAAAAAGUUGUUUCCGUUCCACAACCUGAAGAGGCAUUAUCUGAUGUUCAGAAGGCUUCAGAUAAUGAAAGAGAAAAAGCAGAGCCAAUUCUUCAGAGUUCAACAAGUGGGAAGUCCAAGAAAAAGAAGAAGAAAAAGAAGAAGCAGGGUGAAGAAGCUAACUCUCCUUCACAGGACACUGAAGAACUGGAUAGAGAAGCUGGAGAGGAAUUUCAAGAGGAUACCUCAAAAGCUCAACCACAGCAGGAAAUAGCUUUUUCUCUGAAGACCAUAAGUACUAGUGAACCAGCUAAGCCUGAGGAGGCUCCUUCACUUGCUGUUUCUACUGAGCCAUCUGUAAUUGUAUCAGAGAGCGAUUCCGACAAGAUCGCUUCCCAAGUGCCACAGAUGCUGCAAGAGACAGAUGUUUCUAGUCCCAAUAUUAAGCAAAACAGUGUGCCUCCUCCACAGACAAAGUCUGAAGAAAGCUGGGAAUCCCCCAAACAAGUUAAAAAGAAGAAAAAAGCAAGAAGGGAAACGUGAACUUCCUGAGAUGGACAUGUGUUGCUGAAUACUGUCAUGAAGAUUAUGCUGUUUAUGCAAUAAUUUGUGAACAUGUACAGAAUUUUAUAUAAGUUUCAAACAAUUUUUAAAAACAGAACUGCUGUGAACACAAACAUCUUUAAAAAAGGAAUCAAAGGAAAGUAACUUUAUGAUAUAGAAAACAGAACAUGCUACAUUUGAAAGACAUUCUGAAGAGUCUGUUUUUCCAACUUUUGGAGAGAGAUCUUAAAAUAAAAAAACAAAACUGGUUUUACAACACAGUGCCCUGUUUACAACAGAUUAUACUCUCAUCUACAGCUGCGGAUAAAAGGUUGAUUUCAAGGAAGGGUUUUCUGUAAAAUAUUUGUCUGUAUAAUAAUGGGUGUUUCUUGCCUCUCUUUUAAGUGAUGCAGUAGAAGCACAGAAUGUCAACCAUUUGAAUUUGUUUCAUGCCUAAAUCAAAGUGCUUUGAUAAAACACGUAAUCUGCCAUAUCUUUACAGUACGUUGGUUAGCAAGUCUGCUAGCUAUUACAGGAAUCAAGUGCAAAUCAUUAACCAUUUGUACAGUCAGACCUUCAUGGUUUAUUAUAUGAAGUUAACACAAUAAAACUGCUUUGGGUUAAAAGUUUGAGAAUGUGAUUUGAAACUUAAGUAUGGUUCAUGAAGUUAUUUUUGAUAAUGUCUAUUACCUUACUUGAAUUGCUGAAGAUAACAAUAUAUUUUUAAGAAUGCAGUAAUGUGCAUAAAAUUGGUUUUUCUGCUUCAUUCCCUACAGUUCUUGGUUGAUUCAGACUCCCAUCUAAAAUUGCACCCCUUUAACUUUUAAGCUCAUACAGUGAAUUGAAAUCAAAUGUUCCCUUCCCUUAACGCUCUCUAAUUUGCCAUACCCAAUUCUGUUUUGUUCUCUGUCACUAAAACUCCGAAGAAAACAAGGUGAACUUUUUUCACCCAACAAAAUAUAUGGGAUUUCAGUGAUCUGUUGGAGAACUGGAGUGGCUUCAGACAGCUUUAAUUGACAUUGUCAAGACCAGUUAUCAGGAACACAUUUUUUUUACUGCCUUAACCUGUAGUAUGUAGAAUGUGUCUAGACUUCUGGACAGGAGUUAGUGUUUUUAUAAAAAAUAAAAUAAACAUUCAUGCAAGUAUAGCAGUUGUAAAAAAAAAAAAAUAAAAAUAAAAAUAAAAUAAAAAAUUAAAGAACAUUUCCCGCUUGAAACUGUUAAUUAAAAUGGUGUUUAAGAUGUGUUGUCAUUUUCAGGCACUGUGUAAUUAUGUGGUAUCAAACUGACAGAUGUGUUUGUCUGUAAGGUGCAUGCUCAGCCAUGUACACUGUAAAUAGUCUUUACAAAAAAAUUGUUUGAUAAGGAUGGUAAUUAACAUCACCUGGUAAAACUGUUAAAGAGCCAACAUGUUUUGUAAAUGAUCUGGUUUUGUGGCACAAACGGAAUUGUUAACAGCUGCGGCACAUGGUACUGAUCAACAAUCUUUCACUGUUUUACUGUACGUAAGUGCAGUUCAACAGGAUUACAGGGCAAGAACAGUUAACGCAGCAAGCUGGCUUUAAUUGUACUGAAGAUGCACCUUGCUAAUGGACAACUUUCCUAAUAAAUGGAUACUAAUUUGCACAGGUAUUAAUCCCUGUAUAUCAGGAACAUGUGACGCUCUAAAAUGAUGUCAAAAUAAAUUGAGCAUAUUGACAGUACUGAUUUAUUUACGGGGAGGGAAUGAUGCCUGGGACCGAUGCCUGUCAGGCAGGAUUCACGUGAGCUAAAUUUAGAACUGAAGUACAGUUUUCAAGGAGUAUGUUAAGGCAGACACUCAAAUGGGAUGUUACAAAACAGAGUUAUAAGCAUGUAAAUAAUAUUUUAAUUUUACUUAUCCUUUUCUUGGCAAAAGUAAAAGAAUUUUACUUUCAAUUCAGGUUUGUAAUGUACGUCCAAAAUGUGUUUCUAACCUGUAUGUUGAGCUAUGGGCCUUUCUUGUAGGGGGGAAAAAAAAUGAAGCAUUUAUGCAAUGAGGGUGACUGCCCCCAAGAGUUUUCACUGCAUAAAUUUAUUCUUUUCAUCUCUUUGGGAUAAAAUUGGUGGUAUUUUGGGGUUAUUAAGCUGUAGCUAUUGGAAAGUUUGUCAUUCUGGAAAAAAGAAACUAGCUACCAACACAGGAACCCUGCUGAUUAACUGCUACUCCCAAGCAGGAGCGUAUAAAUACAUAGCCUUCCUUUCAAAAUGUUACCCAUUUUAGCAGCACCUCUUACUGUUUUCUUAAUGUGCAGUUUCAAUGUCUUAGAAAGCAAACCUUGCUUUAUUUGACAUUUCAUUAAAGAGGUAGUAUGGCGUGUUGUCUAUAAAUAGAAACGUGGUUAUCUAUGUAUUGUCAUGUUUCUAUGAGUCAAGCAAUGGUUAUUUUUAACGAUACACUGAAUCCAGACUUUGGUACUUGGGUAGAGAAAAAUGCUAUUUAAAGAAAUUUAACAAUCUUUUUUUUUUCUUUUAUUUGUUGUUGAAUGCAUGGAAUGGUUUCAUAAAUCCGAUAUGUUGUUUUUUUUAAAUACUCUGGAAUUAUUUGUAUGCGUAAUUUAAACUUGUGAUGAUGUGUAAUUGGGUAGUCAUGGCAUAGCUUUCUUUUGUGGGGAGGGAAAGAUGUACAGAAUUCAUAUGUGCGUGUUACGAAGGUAACAACCUGUGCAUUGGUUCGGAGGGGGAUGAAAACUGUAUUUCUGCUGCCCUUUUAGAAGUCUAAAGAAACAAAGUGCAAGAGAAGAGCACUACUUUAAUAUUUACUAAGAAUGUACAUAUUAAAAACAUUUCAAACUUUA